AUGGAGUACGUAAUGGGCCAAAGAAUCAUAAGACGAAGGAGACAGAGGAUCUACCGGCCAAGGUCCACAUACCUGUCCCUAUCCGAGAUGGAGUGUCGCCAGAAGCUACGUCUGUCCCGCCAGGCAGUAACAGACCUCUGUCAUCUGCUGGCAGAUGAUCUCGAUACAAAUGCAUAUUGCCCAUAUGCACUUCCCGUUGCUAUUAAAGUAACCGCGGCACUACAUUUUUUCGCGAGUGGGUCAUUCCAACAUCCCUUGAGUUCAAUUGGAGGCAUAUCCCAAUCUGCAAUAAGUUCGGCCAUACAUGCAGUAACAUCAAGCCUAGUCCGACAUGCGCACGAAUUCAUUAAAUUCCCAAUGACGCCUGCUAGCCAAAAUCUAGUAAAAGAGGGGUUUCAGGCUAACUUUGGGUUCCCUGGGGUUGUGGGUGCGAUAGAUUGCACGCACGUGCAACUUCGGGCUCCGUCAGAGAAUGCUCUGAUAUACCUUAAUCGUAAGGGAACCCAUUCCAUCAACAUCCAGGUGAUUUGCGAUGCGGCAUGUAAGGUUACACACGUAUUCGCAAAUUAUCCUGGAUCAAGCCAUGACUCCUUUAUUCUGGCCAACUCUGUCAUUCCUGCAGUCUUCCAGGGUGAGCCACCCCUGGACGGGUGGCUGUUAGGAGACAAUGGCUAUCCAUUAAAGACAUGGCUGAUUACACGGUAUAUCAUGCCUACAACAGGGAGUGAGGUGUUUUUUAAUCGAAAACACACGAAAGCACGAUCUGUUAUUGAGAGAACGUUUGGCAUACUGAAAAUGCGUUUCAGGUGUUUGGACAAGUCAGGGGGAACAUUACAAUACAGUCCUCAAAAGGUCGGAGCAUUCUUUGUGGCAUGUUGUGUGUUGCAUAACAUUGCCAUACGACAUGGAUGUCUCUUGGCCUUAAAUGAGGAUAGAUUACAGGAUUUUAGAAGGCGUGAAGCUGAAAUGCAUGUGCCGAUGCCAAUUAACCUAAAUACGCAAGCAGCAGCACGGGCUAGGAGAGAUCAGCUGGCAGAAGAUCUGCUUCACCUGUAG